AUUGAUGAUAAAAAAUAACAAUUUUUUUUUUAUAAAUAAAACUCACCUUUUAUUUCAAGAUUAAUUAAGUGCUUUAUAAUUAUAUAUCGGAUCCAUUUCCCUUCGAUUUUGUACGAUUUACUAACUAGAAAAGAAUUAUAAUAAAUUAUCAGUUUGAUUUAAUCAUACUUUGGAGGAACGUUCAAGGUAGGAAACUUGUCAAGAAUUUUAUAAAAUUCCAUUAAUUAUCUCAACCAAGAUAAAGGUUUUGAAGAAAAAAUAAAAUAAAGAAAGAUGCCAAUUGUAACGAGUUCAAGAGUUGAUACAGGUACCAAUAUGUCGUAUUGCGUUUCCAUCCCGGGAUUACUCAAAAUUCUUGAAAUCAUAAUUGGGAUAAUCGUGAUAGUAUUGGCCGCCUAUGAAACUCACAUACGUUAUAGGCCCGGGAGCGUGGCUUAUUUUCUUUUCACGGCCUCUUUUUGCCUCAUUUUCACCACAUUGUUCUUGCUUUUCUGGGCAUGCGCAAUGUAUAGACGAGCGAGUGGGCCUUGGAACCUAAUGGAAUUAGCUUUCCACGUGUUGGCAUUCAUACUUUACCUGAUAGCUUCGAUUGUGUUGAUAGUUCGUCAUUACAGGAGAACAUUUUGGAUUGUCGCUGCAAUAAUGGGAUUCGUUAAUACCGUGUUUUACGGCUUGUCGGCGAUAUUCAGCUUUAUCGAAUGGAGGAGGACUUGAAGAAAACAUUUUUUGAACGGCAAAGCUCUACCUCUUUUAUUUUCAUUGGUUUCUCAAAAGAUAUAAAAAAAAAUAGAUAAUUAUUUUUCUCCAACCCAUCCCCACUACUUACACAACUACAUCAUGAUUUUACACAAAACAAAAACUUAAAAAUAAAGUGUUUGCUAUAAAUAUUAUAUAUAUUAUAUAAUGUAAAAUAGUUUUAAAAAUCUCUUAAAUUUUUCUUGGUUCAUUUUUUUCAAAAAAAGAAAAUCAAAUAAUUUUGCCUGUUGUGUUGCUCAUAUAUAUUAUUCUUCUUUAUUUGUGCCUUUACUUACAAUGCUAUUCUCAUAUACUCAAUUAUAUUUCAAAAAAAAAUCUCACAAAAGAAUAGUACAAGGGAUUUUCGGGAUCAAUAAUAUGUCGGACGAGGAAUAUAAUAUUAAGAAAUUUUUUUUUACUUCAAAAACAAAUUCACAAAUAUUAAAAGUUUUGGGAAAAAAAGAAUUAGUUUUUAAAUAACUUUUACAUUUCUUCUCAAUUUUUUAGAAAAUGUGUUAAACGUCCUUUUUACUCUUUUUGAUUGGGGUGAAAUUUAUAUUAAGUAUUUAUUAUUUUUGGAAAAUGUCUAAAUUUCAGAAAAGCCUUACUAACUAUUUGUGUGCAUGAAUCAUUAAAAAAGACAUAAUAUAAAAUCUAUUUCUAUAAUUAUCUACCCCUCUCACCUUCCAUCUUAUUUUCUUAAAUUUACAUUCAAAAAUUUCUGCCUUUAAUUUCUUUAAUUAUAAAUUGUAGAUUAAGAAAAUAUGGUAUUUGAAAACUUGAUAUUAGCUAUUUUUUGAAAUUAAAAUAAUGUAACCACAUUGAAAUAAAUAUCAUGGAAGACCUAAUAAUAAUUAGUACAAGAAAUUAUUAUGUAUAUUCAUUUAUUUUACAAACAAAUAUGAUAAAUGUUCACAACUAUUACAAUGUAUUUUUUUUUAUUCAUAUAGUUACAUUAUUUAUAAUGUAAUAAUUAAUUAUUAUUAUCAAUUUGGCAAAUUAAAUUAUAUAUAAGUUGUAUAAAACUUUAAAAAGUUUUAAAGAAAAAAAAAUUAUACGUGUGUA